AUGCCGAGCAACCCGACGCACAUGCUGAAGCUCGGCUUGCAGCGGACCACGUCCUACAUCGAUCAUCUACCGAUCUUCACGAAAGUUGUAAUGUGCAUAAUGGUCGCGAUUGAAGCUGCCGCCUUGUUGCCGGGGUGGAGGCUCAAAUCUUGGGGCCGGCUAGAGCCGGAUCUCGUCAACUUCUCAACACUGUAUCGAACCAAUACCUACCCUCUCAUGCACAUCGAUGCGUUUCACCUCACGAUUAACUUCUUGGGCGUCGUCCCGCUCCUUGAGCGAUUCGAAAAGGAGCACGGCACGCUCAUCUCGGUAGCGCUAUUCUUUGGCCCAUUCUCAACGGUGCCCGCGUUGAUUAUAUGGGGUUUCCUUCUGUAUGCGGCCGAAGCUAUACGCGCAAAUGCAACCGUACCCUACUUCAUCAUUUGGGUUGGGUUGGGCUACCUAAAAUUCCUCGUGCCGCCGGAGGUAGUCAUGCGGUUUAUCGAGACGAAGCUCAGACUGCGGUCGUGGUCAUCUUUCUACGUCAGCGUGGACCAGAAGACGUAUGGCCGGGAUGGCGUGAUUCCACUGACGAACGUGGUUCCGACUGUUGCUCCUGGUGUGACCGGCAGCAAUCAGAGGCUGGGGCCCGCGCCUGUCUAG